CACUAAAGCACAUUUACUCUCUCUCACUCUGGUUCUCAGUGCCUCAGUCCAGACUGCUGCUUCAGACCUCACCGCCCAUUUCCAUUCAAACCAACUUUAAGCCAGCAUUUCUUCCACAGUCUGCUGUGCACUUUCAGGAGCCUCUUAAUUUGUUCAAGUUUCAGCUGGAGAAAAGUGACCAACAGUGACCAUGAUGAGGAUCAUACUUCUGCUGCUGCUGGUCACCCUGACGGGGCCUUUCUGCACCUUUACCCAAGCAAGUACUCUGGUGGUGCCAACAGCUAUUGAUUCAACUCCAGAACCAAAUCUUGCAUCAGAUCCGCCUGCUUUCACAGACAAAACAGAGGAACCAGCUCCUCAAGAUGCUGUUUCAACGUCAGAGCCUGCUCCUGAGGCUACAGAAGCAGCUGCCUCGACAGAAGAAGUGCCAGUGGUUUCCACAGCAGCACCAGUGAUACAGUCAGAAGCCCCAUUAGAAACAACAGCCCCAACAGAUACAGCACAAUCAACAGAAGCUGGACCUAAAGAGACGGUUGGCCCUGAAGCCACUACUGUCAUUGCAGGGGCAAGAGCAGAAGAAACUGAAAAAGCUGAUGACACAGAAUCAGAGACUGAAGAUGUAGAGGUGGAGGAUGAAGGUAUGGGCACAGGACAGUUGGUGGGGAUCGUAAUCGCUGCAUUGAUCGCAGUGAUUAUUGUCAUUGCUGUAAUCAUCUUGGUGGUUAGAAGAAUGGGCCAAUACUCCCCUUGAAAAGAAAGGCACGACAGGAAGAGAAGAAGAAGAAAUCCGGGAAGUUCUGAACUAUUGUUCUGAUGUUAAAAACAAUGCAAGCAGCACUCUCACCAUCCAUCCAGGACUAUACAGGGAGCAGGAGAGUGUCCCAUCCCCUUUCCCAUUGUAAAAGAUGCCCUCCCACAAAAACACCUUCUCAAUGCCCACAAGUCCCAUUAUUUAGCCUGAAAAGCCUUAUUUAUCCCAACAGUGGGAGGCCACAGGAAGUUACAGUAUCUUUUUUUAAUGCAUAUUAAUGUAACAGGAGAUUCAUGAAUGUUGAAUUUGUACAACAAACAAACGAACAGUUGCCCAUGCAAGCAAAAGCUUGUAUGUUUUUAUUCCACUGUGUGAAA